AUGUCGGAAAAGAAGUCAGCGGCUUCCGGCAACUCUACCGGCGGCGGCGGUGGUGGUAGCGGUGGCGGCGAUAAUAAAGAAAAGCGACGAAAGGAAUCCAUUCUCGACCUUAGCAAAUACCUGGAGAAAACGAUACGGGUAAAGUUCUCCGGUGGACGGGAAGCGGCCGGUGUGCUAAAGGGGUACGAUCCGCUACUGAACUUGGUGCUGGACAAUACAAUCGAAUUUCUACGCGAUCCGGAUGAUUAUAAACUGGCAGAUGAUACGCGGCAUUUGGGGCUGGUCGUGUGCCGUGGUACAUCGGUAGUGCUAAUCUGCCCACAGGACGGCAUGGAAUCGAUACAGAAUCCUUUCAUCGCACAGGAAGGCUAG